CAUCCCGAAGUCACCGCGCUGAGCUCCAAAGAAUCUAGCAGCUAGGAGCAGGCCGUGUAUACGCCAUCCACCACGGCAACAUGUGCUCCGGCUCCUGGUCCUGGAGCAGCAGCAAGAAGCGCCCGUCUCUUGUUGUCGUCAACCUCAAGCGGCAGCAGCUGCAGAAGACGCCGCCGCCGACGCCGCCUCGUGCCUCAGUUGCUAUCAGGAGGAAGAGGCUGAGGCUGAGGAGGUUGAGAGCCGGAGCAGAGGCCAUGGAGAUGGUGAACCUGAAGCUCUACCUGGAGAACCGGUGCAUCAUCGCGGAGAACGAGAGGCUGCGGGAGAGGGCCAGCGCGCUCCGCCGCGAGAACCUCGCGCUGCUCCAGGACCUGUCCAAGACGCCGGCCGUGCCAGAGGCAGGAGCGGGAGCUGGAGCUGCGUGAGAUUGCUUCCUCUUGCUGCCUGCUGAGCAUGGAGUAGCUAGCUUAGCUUGCGUUCCCUCGCUGGCGCUUGUGCUAGUUGCGUGGGCAGGACAGCGGACUCCUAGGUAUCUAUCUGCUUGGCUGCUCCGCCAUGUCUGUGCUCUGCUGUCUGCUCAUACAUCACCAGGCUCCUGGAGCUCUCUUGGGUGCUCUGUGCCAUGGUGUUUGUACAUUAUAUAUAAGUGCGCGGAUUAACUAGA